ACAUAUCUACAAGCCUAAACAACAGCGCGUGCAUUAAAAAUUCACCCGAGUCACAUACAACUAAUAUUUUACUUUAUUAUUAUUAAACUAACUCAUUCUUCACAACAUUAAAGGGGAAAAGCUAUGCCGGAAUCCGUAUUGGUAGAUCAGGAGGCACCGGCUCUGGAGGAAACCAAGCCAGCCGUGCUUAAUGAGACCGAAACCACCGAGAAUAAGGCCGACGCCCCGCGCCCAAAGAAUAGCUCGUAUUACUACUGGCACGGCCACGAGAAGGAGCGCGCAAAGGUCGGUGAUGUCGCCCCGAUGCCCUCCCCUGUUUUGGUGAGUCGCGAUGACGUGGUGGCGAAGCCCACCCAUGAGCGACUUCCCGCUACGGUAAAGAAGUACCAAUGGUGUGAUGACGGCCCUAAGACGGUUUCCGUGUACGUGCGGGUCGCUGAGGAGGCGGGUGAGGUGCUGGACGAGAGCUCCGUAGAGGUGGAGAUUCUCGCCAAGUCUGUUCGAGUCACCUUUUCCACGACAACCGUCGCCUCCGCGGCACGAAACUGCAAGCAGCUUCGCCUUUCUCUGGCGAAAAAGGUCAACCCGGAGGCGUCCUCGUACAGGAUAAAGUCGUCCAAGGAGGAGAUCUGCUUAAAGCUUGCGAAGGCACAUGGGGGAACGUGGUUUGAUCUCGUGGGAACCCCAGCUGCUGAUAGUGACGAGGAGGAUGACGUAGGUGGUUCGAUUGAGAACGAGAAGGCUAAGGAAGGUGAGGGGGAGAUCGAUAGUAACGAUGAAUGAUGAGAAUCGUACUUUCCCUUUUAUUAUUACAAUUAUAUUUAUUAUUAUUAAAAGAAUAAUGAAUGAGAAAAAUGAUUGGGACCUCUACAUACCUUCUCGCUGUUUUGGGAGGGCUAUCUACAUAAAUUCCUUGAACUCCACAAGCUCCAAUGCCGUUUUUUGCAUGUUAAGUUAUAUAUAUAUAUUUAUAUAACUUGAUGUCUGUCCCUUAUCUGUGCUUCACUUAUACACUUGUUUUGCCUGUGGGAAAGCACACGAGCAAAGAUGAAAGUUUCGCGUAAAUGUAUUUAUUUUAUUUUCUUUAUGAUGAGAUAAAUUAGCUUUCCAGUCAAGGCGUCUCAGAUGAUCUGUAUUAUUCCAUCCUCAAUAUUUUCUUUUAGAGGAUGAAUCUUUUACGAUAAGAGGUCUUAUUAAAUUAAUAUUUUUUUGUAUAAUAAAUUAUUCUGAUAAGCAAUUUUCAGUCCUAACAAGCUUAAAUCAUCAUGUUGUCAACCAUGUAAUCACAGUGCAAGGUAAACGAGGCUGCGUUCAAUCUUUUUCUAUUUAAUUUCCAUUUUCUCGUUAUUUCAAUACAAAUGCAUGAGUAGUAUAAAAUAUUUAGUUUUUUGAGGUAGCUCGUAGGUUUAAUACUGAAGUUUUAUUAAAGUAGAAGGGAUAUUUAUAGUAAGUACAUAAAUCUUUCCAACCUAUCUUCUAGGCAAAGGCAUAAAAUUCUUCAAAGAAGGGUACACGGAUAGAAGGAAAGUACCAUAAACAGAAAGAGACAAAUUUAAAAGCAGUGAAUUCAAAGCACUAAACUGUUGUGCAGUGGUGAGUUUUCCUUUCAUAUGCGUACGUGUGUCAAUUUAAGAUCAAACGCAAUACUGUUUUAAUACGUAAGCAACAGCUAAAAUAAUCCUAAAAGAUAAGGGAACAAGCCAAUCAGAGACCUGAUCCACUUUCAAAGGAACUACUAAUCCCAGAGUCACGAAACAAACAGGUAUUAUUAUUGUUGUUUUUCAAGUGUGGAUUGAGAUCCUGAACAGAAGGCUUGCUGAUAUUGGAAAUAAGCGGACAAAGGUUGCUGACGCUUUCAAAAUAAUAAAAGGAAAACAAAAGCGAUAUUUUUCCUUAUUUCCAGAGCAAGUGUUUUGGGGCUUCCCCUGAUAUAUAUUUUCUCAUAGGUUCUGCCUUCGUUAAAAGCCUUCCUUUUACAUAGCCUUUUUGGAGCUCACGAACUUUUUGGUUCACCUGAAAAUCCGUACAGGGGCACGUUUUUCUAUUGUUUAUAGGGAAACAGUGUUCCUCAUUUCGUAUCCUCUGGUUUUCCUUUGAAUCGUGAAGUGCUGAAAAUUUGCAAAGUCAAAAGUAAGUAAUCGUCUAUUUCCUAAAGUUGUAGUGGUAAAUAAGGGGAUAGUAAGCACGGAGAGUCUCUCCGUUACCAAUAACAUUACGAAGAUUUUUUCAUCUAGGCAUCAAUUUAUUAUCAUUCAGGAGUUUUUAAGUAAAAAUAGUUAUUUUUUAUUUGUUUUAUAUAGUAACUGAGACAAUUUUGGAGCGGAGUAUUACUUUUUAAUUUUUUAAAAUUUUUAUACGCAACUAUACACAUUUGCACGUUGGCUGUUUGUCGACAAA